UUGUACUGCAAACUCUGCAAGCAUGGGAAUCUUGUGCACAAACUUCUUCAGUGAUCACUGGCUCAUGAUCAUUGCACAUAUAUAGUUAGUUAUAACUGAAUUAAACACAACUUCCAUGCCUACAACUUGAAACUUCUUCGAAAUUUCUCCUGUAAAAACACUCAUUCCAUCUAGCUAGCUAGCUUCUACUUUUAGCUAAGUACUCUUGUUGAUCAAGUUUUUACACUAUUGAUCGAUGCAACUCAAUCCAUUGUUUCCGCGGUUAUGUUGACCUGAUAGUGUAAAACAAGUUACUAAAUUCUCUUUCAAUGAAUACCCGCCGCUACUUUCUUACACCAAUAUCACUUUGCCAUUCGAGCAUCGUUGUAUCUUUUCCGUCAAUUUCACCAUCAACAACAGCAGUAUCAGUAGGAGGAAGCAAUUAUGCAGGUGGAAAUAGAAACAGGUAUACUCGCGUUUCAAAUAUUCCUGAUUCUUCAUUCUUGAUAAGAAUGGCAAUGAGAAUAUCAAGAGCAAAGUGGUUCAUUUUCCUAAGAAGAGUUUUCCAUUACCAAAAUGGAUAUUCAAGAUCUGAUCUUGGAUCGAACCCGUUCAAUUCAAUAACUUGGAUGAUGAUGGAGUGUAUAUCAUUAAGUAUCCAAAUAAUUCUGAGUGUAUAUACACUCUCUGUUUCAAAAGACGAGAAACCAGUUUGGCCAAUGAGGAUAUGGGCGUUUGGGUACGUCUUUGGAUGUAUACUUAGCGUCCUCCUGCUUUAUUCGCGCUACUGGGCAUUCUACAUAAGGCCACAAAGACAUGAUUCUGACACGGAGCAGCAAAGAAGCAGCCAUGAUGAUCAAUCCAGGGCAUCGUCAUUACAUAUGAUGGAGAAAUUCAAAACUAGUAUGGAGCUAUUCUUUGCGAUAUGGUUCGUGAUGGGGAAUGUUUGGGUGUUUGAAUCGCGGUUAUUAAUGUCAUACCAUCGCGCUCCUAAACUUCACUUGCUCUGCAUUUCUCUCCUUACUUGGAAUGCAGUUACCUAUUCAUUCCCAUUCAUAUUGUUUCUAUUGCUCUGUUGCUGUGUCCCAAUGUUGAGCACAUUUCUAGGCUACAAUAUGAAUAUGGCAUCUGUAGAUAGAGGAGCUUCUGAUGAACAACUCUCCACUCUUCCAAGCUGGAAAUACAAAUCAGAAAUUGGAAACAAGGAAGAAGACCUCACAAAUUCCGCUCUGCAAAAUGAAAAUUCCGAAUGUUGUAUUUGUUUAGCCAAGUAUGGAGAUAAAGAAGAUAUUAGACAAUUGCCUUGUUCUCAUAUAUUUCAUCUCAAGUGUGUUGAUCAAUGGCUUAGAAUUAUAUCUUGUUGUCCUCUAUGCAAACAACAACUAGAGAGGUAAAGAUGCAACAAAGCUCCUCAUGAGCCUCAAUGUAUUUUUAUCCCUUUUUUAUGGAGAUGAAAUUUUCAUAAAUACCCAAUAUGUACUACAUUAUACACUUGAAAAACAGAAAAUUUAAUUACGAUUAACUAGAAA